AUGUCGUCCGAUGAAGAAGACGUUGACUUGAACGACGAGACUACUUCCUUGCUAGAAACAGUGACAGACGAUGGAGGAGAGUCUAUGGACAUUGAAGAUCCCCUUCCUUCUACCCAGAAUUCACCUGCAGCAACAACAACAACACCACCACCUCCACCACCACCACCGACAUCACCACCACCAACAACAACAACAGUCAAUGCACCCAACACCAGACAACUGGACUUGUCCCUCGAUCCUUCUUUGCUCAACUGUAAAUCAUAUGACUGCGUACCACUUGUGGCAGCUGUUCAUCCUUCACCUAUUUCCAGUUUAGCAACCACCCGUUGCUUCCGUUGGGUGUUGACAGGUUCGGAAGACGGUUAUAUCCGCAAAUGGGACUUUUUUGGCUCAAUGAAUGGUAAGACGAGUUUAACGCAAGCACAACGUCACCAGCAUGUGGAUUCAGUGACACUGGCUGGUGUAUUGAGUUCAUGGUGGGAGAACGAGGAAGGAGUGAAAAACGAGGAAGAGAGUGUGAGCGAGCCUAAAUUGUCACCCGUAUACAGCAUGGAUAUUCAUUCAGAGGCAUUAUGGGCUGUACAGGGAUGUGAGAAUGGCUCAAUUAAUUUAACAUCGGUUCGGCAUGAUGAAGGGAAAACACAUCAUGUGCUUCGGAAUCAUACCGGGCCUGUCUCCGUCCUCGUAAUCACUCCAGAGGAAACUGCAGUCAUUUCCGGAUCUUGGGAUAAAUCCGUAUUUGAAUGGGACCUUCACACAGGAUCCGUCUCAAGGUCGUAUGAUGGUCAUAGCUCUCAGUUGUCUUGUGCUCAGUUUCAACCCGUUUAUACCCAAUCUGACAAUGAACCUGUCCUCUGGAACACUAGAAAUCCAAACACUCUCAUGACUACUAGCAUUGAUGGCCAGUGUCUUUUAUGGGACAGAAGAGAACCAUCCACCGCUGCCAGGCGCCUCAAAGUGCCCGAUAGAACCCCUCCAUGGUGCCUCUCUGCGUGCUGGAGUGCGGAUGGGUCCAAGGUGUACAUGGGAAGGAGGAACGGUACAGUGGAUGAGUAUGACUAUGCCUCACAGAAAUGCAUCCAGUCAUUCCGUAUGCCAGCCAACUCGGGUCCAGUCUCAUACGUGAUCAGCAUGCCCAAUGGCAAGCACAUUAUAUGGUAUGAAAUAGAAAGAAAAAAAAAGGGUACAUGGAUCACAUGGACUAACCCUUUUAUCCUUAUCAAAAGCGCAUCCAAUGACAAUAUUCGAUUGUGGAAUACAACCACCGAAUCCAGCUUUACUAUUCGACCGGAGACAGAGGUAGGCUUUGCGAAACCGUCCAAGAUUUCGUCCGUGAUUCCGUUUAGUAUUUUGGCAGGCCAUCAUGGUGGUACCAUCUCUCAUAUUGCCAUUGAUCCCACUUGUAAAUACAUGAUCACCACUUCCGGUAACAGGGGCUGGGAUGGCACUUCUACCAAUGCCUGUUUGUUCUAUGAUAUAUCGCCCGUUCUCUAG